AUGCGAGAAGCAGAGAGCAAACUAGGAACCAAUCUCAGGGUGCUGGAAGACCUCUUUAGGAAGCAGGGAGUGAUCCCAAAGGACUUCACCGAACUCUUCAGUGACAGUGUUCACGUGGUGUCUGCCAGAACGCAAGAGUACCUCCUCUUCAAGGACCCCAAGAAUAAGCUCUGCCCCAGCACCAGAGCUCUGAGCGAGAUCUUCUUGAUGACCUACAUGGCCCGCAGUGUGCAGCUGUGCAUGACUGACACACUCAGCUGCACCAUCAUGACCAGGGAGCAGAGGAUCUUGCUUGGUGCUGACUGGGUCUGGGCUGUUGUCAAGGGGAACAGCAGGAACCCCAGGGUCCAGCUGACUGUGCAUGUCUUCGGCCAGCCCAUACCAGAGGGUGGUGCUGCCAACGUACUCACGGAGGUCUACACAGAGACCAUGGAGACGGCCAGGAUGGAGUGGCCCAACAAGUCCAAGGCAAAGAGGAUGAUCGACUUCUGUUCCUCCAUAGCCAAGGACUGCUACACCCUCUUCCUCUUCUUUGGCCACGAGGGGGACAUCUAUGGAGUGCUGAGCAACAACUUCCGUGCAGCCCCUGGCAAGCGCACCCAAAUCGACCGGGCUUUCCUUUGGAGUUUCUUCAAAGGGUCGCGUUACCUGUUCACACCAGCAGGCAUGCUGCUGUCUGUUGUCAAUAAGAAACAAGAGGAGUCUCUGACAAUGCUCGUCAAAUUCAGCUGA